ACGUGAUGUUAUGUGCGAUAAAAUUGUGUUUAUUUUAUUAAUAUUAAGUUGUCUUCAGUACUGACCAUCACUUCAUUAACUAUUGCUAUGUCUUCAUUGAUAUCUUCAAAUGUCAACAAUUGGUUGCAUUUGUUGAUCACUCAGACAUCACCCAUCAGUUCAUCCGAUGUCCACAAUGUGUGCCAACUGAUUCAAACAAAUGAGUUAACUCUUGAAAAAGUAGUCAUAGAUUUGGGACCACUUAUAACGGACAGUGAUAUCAAUGAACGGUUAAAGGGUUUAAAUAUAUUGUCAGUGAUUAUUAAAUCCCUUCCCAAAGACUUGUUGUCACAAAAUGAAAUUCAACAUUUGAUACAAUUUUAUUGUCAUCGACUUCAAGACAGUGAGCCAUCGAUUGCUACAAUCUUUUCGGGACUUUUAGCUCUCAUUGAAUGUCUUAAUUUUGACGAAAGUUUGAAUCAAAUGGUCGUCAAUGGUUUAACCAAAAAAAUGUUUGAAAGUGACAGACAGUAUACUGAAUCAGAAAAAUCUCUUCUUUUCCAAAUUUUAGGCCAACUUUUUAAAAAUAAUUCAAAUGAUGUUGUUUUAAAUGCAAUGCUAACAAAUGAAGUGAACGGUCAAACACUUUUGCCUAUAAUAUUGGAGGCAAUAAGUGAAGAAAAAAGUAAUAGUAAUUCAUCUGAAUUGAGUCAUUUGGCAGCUCUUGAUGUCAUUUUGCAAAUAUUAGUUGAGGGAAAUCAAGAUAUAUUAGGACCGAGUCUUAAAUCAACUGUAAAUAAUUGUAUCAAUUUAUCAAUCAAUAGUUCAUACCUUAAAGUGAGACGCUCUGCACUCAACUGUUUGGCACUAAUUGCCAACAAUUUUAAUGAUUCAGAUUUAAAUAGUUUAAGAGAUGAAGUUAUCAGGAGAUUGAAGAUAACAUUGAAUGAUAAGAAACGACUCGUUCGUAAAAGUGCUGUCAGAGCCCGAUGUCAGUGGAUUUUUGUCGGACAACCCGGCAGAUGAUAACAAAGAUAACAUCAUUUUUAAUAUUAUUAAUACCAUUACUAAUAAAUAUAAAUAACUUUAUAAUAACAAUAAUUUU